AUCACUGCAAUUCUCUUCAAUCCAACCAAAAUAGCCAAAAUCCCUUUCUUCCUACUUGGAAUGGUUGGGUUUUUCUUUCGCCGAUUUUUGCAACAUCGGUCCCAAAUCAUACUGGGACGUUGGCUGAGAGAUCUGAGAGUUAGAGUGGCGGGGAGGCGACGGCGUAAUAGACGCGCGUUGGAAUCGUUGGGUACAUGGAAAGCUGCGGCGGCGGUGAUGGAGGAGCGAAAUCGAGCUAUCAGGGGGGAGUUGAGGCGACAGUUUGUACUUAAUUCCCUUACUAAUCUGUUGGUUCACGAUCGUCUCGUUGAGGUGGAAAACGAUCCUUUAAUGAGAGACGCUUUUCAAAGAAUUAACUCUCAGAAUCUCAAUCUAUGGGACAUUGUUAAUAACAACCCACCUCGACCUUUCCCAGGACACCGAAGGCGCCGCCGAUGAUCGCCGUUGGUAGUUGUGACUUGGCAUCGUCGGGAACUCCAGGUGGUGGGGCAAAGUUUUCAAAUAUUAUCAUCUAAAUUUAAUAAUUUUUUUUAAUUUAAAUCUUUUAACUUAUAUUUUUUUAUCUAUUUUUGUCCUCUUA